AUGGGAAUCGAGGGAGUGAUAGUAGAUCUUGUGCAAGAGAUCACGGAGGCAGUGUCGGAUAUGAUUAAGCCAACAAUAGUUGAAGACAGGGGGCAAGAAUCUGUUGGAAGGAGACGGGAAGAUGCAAAUGCAAUUGAAAUCAAAGCCAGAGUUCUCGCAGAGGGAGCUUUCUUUUCUUUUGAAGUUGAUUCCAGAGUUGAUACAGCUCUAAUGAUGCUUGGGUAUUUCAAGGAGAUCGACUCUCCUCCACUGGCCUAUACUCAUCGCGCAAGUCUGGAGUGGUUUGUGAGUGAGCCUUCUUCCUUUGAGGGUAAAGGUUCGAGUCCAUUCAAUGACACAAAUCUUUUUUUAAAGGUGAAUAAAGGCCAACGGAGUUGGUCCCUUGCAGACGGUGGCAGGCCGGCGAUGGGCGGUGGUGGGCAGGUGGCCGGCGGUGGUGACCGGAACCGGCAUCGGAAUUCCGACGGUGGUGACCGGAAUCAGCAUCGGGAUUCCGGCGGUGGUGGCCAGCGGCGGGAUUCCGGCUAUGGGUGGUUGGCUUGA